AACGACAGCCUAUUUACUAAUGGUGGUCGAACGAAAUCAACACUGCAGACGAAUUUUAGAAAACAUAUGAAAUAAAGACCCAAGUAAGACGUUUUCAACAAACUAUGGCAGACACUCCAAACCAACGUUCAACAGCUGUGUCUCCAGCUGUAUCGGAUACAUCUGGAAAGAAAUCAAGACAAGACAACUCAUCGCGUCAGUCUGGAAGAGUGACAUUUCCUAAUUCUGCCAAAUCAGCAUCAAGUGUAGGACUUGCAGAAGAUGAAUUUGCUUCUCAAGGCAACCCUUUCAAGAUGCCCCCUGACAGUGAUAUCUUCAUGCUGCGAGAUAAAGAGAGACAGAGAAAAAAAGUGGAAAGAGAAAAACAGCGCAAACUCCAUGUUCAUGAGAAGACAACAUAUGCAUCACGUGUCAACUUCCGCACAGCUGCCAUGAUCAACCCUACAGAAUCAUCAGACGAGGAUGGGGAAGAGGAAUCCGACAAAGCCGUUGCUGUCAAAGAUGACCCUCAGUUCACAAUAGCUGUCACAAGAGAUCGCCAUGUAGAAAAAGAAUCCCUAGCAGAAUACAUCAGCAAGAAGAGAGAAAUGUUUCUAGUUCAGUACUCGCUGGGAGUGAAGAGGGAUGAGAUGAGGAAGCUGGAGGAGAUUGCACAAGCCGAGGAGCGCAAGCUGGAGCUGGCGGAGCAGUACCUUGAGGAGGAUGCUGCCAUGUUUGACGAGUUCCUCAAGGAGAAUGACAAGAAUUCUGUGGAAGCCAUCAAGAUAGCAGAGCAGGAGACGAAGACAAAGUUGGAGAAAGUAGCGGAGAUCAAGAGAAUCAAUGCCCAGAUGAUGUCAAUCAAGUCUGAGAUUUCCAAGUAUGAGGACACACUGAAGGAAUACCAGUUGUACCGGAGAUUCCUGGAGGCUCUCACACCACCGGAGUUUGCAGAAGAGAAAGACAAAGAGAGGCAAGACCGGAGAGAAGAGAGGAGAAAGGAGAGAGAAAAGAACGCAGCUAACCUGAAAAAGGGUGGAUUGCCGGAACUUGGAGGGAAGCAGAGUUCAGCAGGGGACCUCAAGCAGAAGAAGAAGGGGCUAAGGGGGGCACUGCAGAAAGCAUCAUCAAAAACAAAGUCGGGGGAGACAGACAGUAUUAUUUCCUCAGGGGAUCAGUCAGAUGAUGACAGUGAUGAGGAUCUGGAGCUGUUUUUCCAAGACCCCCAGCAACUCCUGGACAUCUUUGCAGAGUUGGAGGAGCAGAACCUGUCCCUCAUCCAGAACAGUCAGGAGACCGAGGAGGCUCUAGAGGAGAUGAAGCAGACCAUCAAACAGACCAAGAGGAAGAUGGAGAAGGAGACCUCAAUACUACGUGAACAGAUAGACAAACUAAACAAUUCUAUAGUCCGAGAAGAGGAGAAAGCAGCAGAUUUACAAAUGAAGGCAAAAAUGUUCAACUAUGGAGAGUUCAAGGCAGAGGACCAGGAGAAGAUGCUGGGAGCCCUCAACAAGAAGGUGGAGGAUGUGUACAGGAGCUGUAUAGGGGACAAUGAGGCCAACAUCAGUACGCUACAGAUGUUGACGAACAUCGAGAACCGUCUGGAGGAGCUGUUUGAGCAGAUUGAGACAAUGCCACAAGACAAGGUGGAGGCAGCAGAGAAGGCGAAGGAGAAGGAGCGACGGUUGAAGAUGCGGGAGGACAAACUGGAGCAGCAGAGGAUCCACCAGGAGGAGCGCGUCCGCCGUGCACUGGAGAGAGCCAAGGCCGAACCCAAGAAGAAGACUGGCAAGAAGCUGGUGUUCCGUUCCGAGCCUCCCCGCCUCAAGAAGAAGGAGGAUGAAGGGGCAGACCAGGCCAGCAAGGAGGAGGAGGAACUGGCCUACUUCUUCCAGUGGUAGCUGCCCCCAUCACGCCUGGCCUAACUACUUGCUCUUGUCCCUGCUCAACACUGCCUUGUCCAACACAUUUAUGUUGGCUCAGCUAUACAUUAAUAUUGUCUCAGCAGCUUCAUACUGGAAAAGUGUUGAUCACUGAUGUUUGUUCAUACCAAAGACCUCUUUGAUUAAUUGUUGGAUAUUCUUUCUGUAUGUUUACUUAAAAAUAUUUUCUAAAAAAUGAGGUACAUCAAGUUAUAAUGGGACUUAACUUAUUUCAGGUAUCAACUGUAAAUAUCAUUUUCAGCUAUUCUCUGUUGGUCAUUUUAAAUUAAUGAAGAACAUUUUUAUCAAUGUCUGUAUUUGCAUGGUAAUAGCUUCUCACUAUUGUGUUAUAAGCAAACAUUCUGUAUGUACCUAUUUCCAACAGACUCUACUGACAUUGCUGAAAGCCUUAAUGACUAAAACUCUGGAAUAGUCAGAGGAAUGUAUGGAUCAGCAAUUAUUGUCAUGAUUUUCAACAAUUGUCUUUAAUGUAUAUUAUUUUACAUGACUAUCAAAGUGCCAAUGUUUUUUCAACAAGAAAACUAAUUUCACAGAACUCUGAUUAUCAGGUAUAUAAAAAAAUGUGAAAUUAGGGCUUUAAUUAUUGAAGAGCCUGUCUCUGUCUGUGCUUACAGUAUACAAUGGUAGUUUUAUGUUGCAUUGAACAUGUUAAUGACCAAAUCAUGAUGCUACAUUUCUUGACACAUGGUAUUCAAAGCCCAUCGAUACUCUGAAUUAACCAUGCAAGUGUCAGAUUGAUUCAUUGUAAGAAUACUGUCUUGCUGUAACAAAUCAAUAUACUGAUCAAUAUAAAAGUAUCAAAGAUCUUUUGAUGCCAUUGUUAACAGGACAAGAGCAAAUGAUGAUAUACAGGUUUUACUUAUCUGAGAAGCAUUUGGAUUCAAGGGAGGUUACUCCUACAAGACCAAUGAGACUGCAAUAUAAAUGGAGCCGACAUUGUGUAAAGACUUUCUAGUGCUCAUUAUCCAUUGGAGAUCACUGGAAAUAUGGCGACAAGCUGUCUUGUAUAUUAUUGAUUGUUAUUUGUGAUUGUAUGUAUGAAUGUACAUAAAGAGAAUGUGCUUUUUAA